AUGGCCGACGCAGGCAGCUUGUGGUGGCCUCCCUUCGCCCAGGUGUCCCAUGAACUGCGCACUUGCAGUGCAGAAGAUCAGCUGCAGAUCCUCCAGAAGUACGAGAAGUACCUGACAGCAGGGGUGGGCCACUUCCGACAGCCCAGUGCCGCCUCCAAGGCUCUCAUACAGGGCACCGCCCCUCUGAAGCUGCCGGAUGGUGGAACCUUUCCACCGGUCUCCGAGGUGGCAUCGGCGGUCCUCCAGCUCAGCGCCGAUCUGGUGUUGGAUGAGGUGCAGGCCUACAUCAUCCUGGCACGUUCCUCCCGGCACUGGGUCCGCGAUCGUGGGGAGCGCUGGCUCACCCUCUCACAGCGCACCGCUGUCCACACCCUGUACUACAGCGAGCGCCUGCAGCUGCUGCAGAUCGUGCAGGACCUCCUGGAGGCGGGAGAGACUGGCGGGUCCGAAGACCUCGACACCUUCCUGCAGUCCCGCGCGGUGGUGCUGGAGACCGAGGCCUGCCGGGCCCUGCUUUCCAGCCUGGGCGGGGAGGGGCUGCCCCCCCUCACCCCCGGCGCGGGCGAGCUGGCAGCGCUGGCAGCCCGGGAGCGGGUCCUGGAGCAGCGCGCGUUGCUCAGCUCCCUCAUUUUGCUGUACUACUUCCCCAGGCAGCAGGCCACCCCGGCACGCUUCCUCGAGCUGGGUACGGCCAUCCAUGCCCACCUGCUCCUGCCCCAGCUCUUCCACAGCAUCGUCGCCCGCGGGGACGUCCAGUCGACGCAGAAGCUGGGCAUCGUCCUGCUGACCGAGAUGCUGGACACGGAGCGGCUGGUGUCCCUGGUGGGCACGGGGGAGGCCCCCGCCCCCGCCACCUACGCCUUUGCCGCGUCGGAGACGCUGUCCAAGAUCAACGGCCUGGUGUCCUCCUGGUGGGAGCGGGCCCAGGCCCUGCACUCCCCCCUCCUCCUGGUCUGGGCGGCGGUGCUGCAGCUGCUCCAGGCAGGCGCGGGUUCGGAGGUGGAGGGCGCACGGGCGCAGGCGCACGCCGAGCUGGCGGGCCAGCUGGGCGCGCUGGGCACGCUGUGCGCCCUGUCCGGCCUGCCGGGCCAGACCGCCGCUAUGACCGAGGCGGUCAACUCCGUCCAGCUCAGCGCGGUGUCGUGCGUGCUGUGCGCGUUUGCGCUGACACCUCUCGCCGCCCCUCUCACGGCCACGUCCGAGAUUGUGGCCACGCUGUGCCACCUCUUCCAAGGCGAGGCCUGGAGUGCUGGGUCUACCUCCCCCCGCCCCCCCCUCUUCCUUGCAGACCAGCCGUCGUUGUGCGAAGGGCUGUGGCAGCAGGCGCGGUCCAGCGACGCGCCGCUGCUCUCCUACCUGGACGGCCUGCGCGCCCUGUUCCCCGCUUUCCCCUCGCCCCUGUACCGCCUGCUGGCCGCGCUGGCCUCCUCCCCCGCCUCCGCCGCCGCCGCCGUAGCCUACUUUGCCCGCCUGCCCGGCCUGGCCACCCUGCAGGCGCUGGACGGGGACGUCGUCUCCUUGGACCCUGGCGAAGGGACCCGCGUCGUGGCCGGCAGGGAUCUGCGUCUGGACGCCGCGCCAAGCAUCCACGUUCCCGAGGGCGUGCCGGGUCAGGUGCUGGGCACGCCGCCCGGGUUCCUGGAGCUCCCCGUGACGUGGGCCACGGCGGCAGGAAGGCACGGCGCCCAUCCCGACCUGGGCCUGGUGGGCUGGACCCUGGCCUGCCCCGAGGCCACGGGCUUCCUGAUUCUGAUCGAGCGGGGCCUGGCGGCGCAGGACGCGCUGCGUGACGCCCCCGCCGCCCCCGCCGCCGCCGCUGAGCUGGCGGCUGCGCUGGCGCUGGUUGCGCGUGUCGUGGCGGCCGACGCCGGCCUGGCCCUGGACCUGCUGCACAUAGCGGCGCCGGCGGCCGGCGAGGCGGCGCGAGGCGCCGGCUGGCCGUCCGGCGGCCAGGCGGCGGGGGGCGCGGACGUGCUGACCCUGGCCAUCAGGGUGCUGGCGGGGGUGCCGCUCGCGGGGCGAGCGCGAUUCGGUGCCUUGGCCGAGGAUGCUGCGACGGCAGAGGACGGCUACGACGCCAUGCUGGCUGAUGCACUCAAUGUGUGUGCCGUCAUGGUGCAGCUGGCACCCGACCGCGUCGUGCGAGCCGUGACCGACCACCUCUUGCUCGAAAGGUGCUGGUCGCGCCUGGCCCGCCCAGCCGGCCCCGGCAGGGACUGCGCCUGCGCCCUGGCCGCCAUCCGCCUGGCCACCGCCCUGCUCACCCAUCUGCCCAGCUCGGAAGUGACUGAGGAGCUGGUCGCCAGGUGCGUGCUGCCGCUCAUGACGUUGGCCCCGCAAGACCCCUUUGGACCCGCCUCCUGCCAGGCGAUGGCGGCCAGGCUGCGCCUGGUGCGCCUGGCCCUCACCGUGCCGGCCUGGGAGGCGGCUGGCCCGCGACUGCUGCGCCUGCUGGGCUUGGGGGGCGCGGGCGUGGUGCUGGAGCUGGGUGGGGCCGAGGCCCUCCUGGGCCUGGCACGGCGCCUGGUGGAGGGCCCCGCGUUGGGUGCCGCGCCGCCGGAUGUCGAGGUCUCGGGCCGGGAUCUCGCCGCCGGCGGCGGGGGUUGCGCCUCCCGGCGGGGCAGGGGCAUGGACCCUGACACCGCGGGCGCGUACGCGGGCGACGGGCGGCGCAGUGCCGCGCAUGGGCUCCACUGCCAGGCGCUGGCCGCGCUGGCGGUCGCCGUGCUGAGCCACAAGCGCCUGCUGCUGGCCCUGGAGCCGCCGGAGGGCAGCGCGGAGCAGCCACUCACGCUGGCGGGUCUGCAGGAGGCCAGGGCCACGCUCUUCCUGGCCAGUGCGCUGCUGCGGCAGGAGGGGCACUGGCGCGCAGCGCUGCCCGGCGCACUGCCCGAUCUGCGCGCCGCCAGCGCGCGCUUCCUUUCUUGGGCGGCCCAGCCCGACCCGGAGGUCGUCUGCGCGGCGCUGGACCCCUCGGAGCGCGCGGCCGCGGCCCGACCGCCGCCGCACGCGGUGGACGGGGGCUGGCACCGGGCGCUGGCGGCCGCCACGCCCGCGUCCGCCGGCAGCGCCUUCACCUGGCGGGUGGCGGAGGAGGUGUGGGCCUGCGUGGCGGCCGCGCUCGCUUUCCAGCUCGGAUCGGCGCCCCAGGUUGACGAGCAGGAGGCGGCGGCGUUGGGGCCGCAGUGGGUCGACGCCGACGCCGCGCGGGAGCUGGCGGGCGGCGCGCUGGCGGCCGGGGCGCGCCUGCGCGACGCGGCGCCUGGCUCGGCCGAAGCGCUGAGCAGGCUGCGACACUGUGUGCGCGCCGCGGCCAGCGCCAAGGCGCUGCUGGGCCUGCUGGGCCGGGAGCUGGAGUCGGAGGAGGUCGCCAGGCUGGCUGGGCUGGUAGAGUUUUUAGACCGUACUUGA